AUGCUGCGACGAAUCGCUAGCCGUACCCUGAGGGAGCCUGUGCUUCGACCUACCUCGCCUGGUCCUCAGCCUGUUGCUGCUUCUGCCACCUCGGCCGCUGUCCUCUCCUACCAGUACCAACUCCUCCAGCAUUCGCGAGGCCUUGUCUCGUCUGUUCUCCUCAGCAGCACCCGAGAUGCCUACGAGAGCCAGAAAGUGGCCGAGCUCAAGGCGGAUCUCAAGUCGCGCGGUCUUGCCUACUCGGGCCGCAAGGAGGACCUCAUCAAGCGUCUCGUAGACCACGACUCGUACAUCAACGGCAGCACCGCCAACAUGGACUCGGCUCCCGGUGCUCGUCCUCAGCUCCGUAAGAAGUCGACGCUCGCCUCGCUCCGAAGUGCGAGCAACGAUGCCAGCAAAAAGGGUGGUGCUGCUCCUCCGGCUCCUGCCACCCAGGCCGGCCACACCAAGGGCAAGGGCGCUCCACCCGCUCCUGCCGCCAACGAGAGCGAAGGACCCAUCGUGGAUGCCGAAAUCGCCAAAGCCGUCGCUGAGGCUGGCAAGCCCCUCGGUAGUAUGAAGGAGUCCGAGACCCCCGCCAACCUCGAGGCUGGUACCGUGCACAACGCCGCUGCGGACGGUCUGGCUGGUGACACCACUGCCAAGGCUUCGCCAUCCCAGGCCGAAGAUGGGCCUGCCAAGAAGACCACUCCCCCUGGUCUGCCACCACAGAAAGCUCCGAAGGCCAAGGAGACGUUCAACAUCCAGAUUCCAUACUACCCCGACCCUCCUGUUCGUGGCGCCGAGAUCCCCGUCGUCACUUCGUACACCUCGCCUCAUCUGGUCCAGCCUGUAGAGGAGACUGAGUCGUCACCCUUUGUGCCCAAGGCGAUCAGUGUUUCCGCCAGCUCGGCCAUCUCGCACGCCGCCGACAUGGCCGACCACGCCUCGUCCGAGAGCGACGACAAGCCCAAGGGCAUUCUCUCCGAGAUUCUUGCUGACCUCCAGGCUUCCAACGGCUCGAGCAGUGGCAAAAGCGCCGAGUCGGCACUGUCCGGUAUCACCAAGAGGGUCGAUGCGGCCAAGAGCGCCUUGAACAGCGUUGUCUCUUCGGCUACGGCUGGGUUUGAGUCGUCGUCGUCUUCCUCCUCAUCCUCAUCUUCGUCCAACUCGUCAUCGUCUUCGUCUUCGCGCAAGAGCGCCAACCGACCUCUGAACGAGCAAGAGCGCACGGGCGCCUACGUGCUUGCCGGCAUCGUCGCGGGUGGCUUCGUUCUCGGUGGUCUCGGCAAGCCUAGCAAGAGCAAGGGCAAGGACCACGAUCACGAACAUGCCGCCGCGUCUGCUUCUACCAAGGACGGCAAAGCCACUGUGGUGACCAAGGUUGUGCCCGUCGCUGCCGUGCCACGAGGUGAUGCCGCCGACAAGUCUGAGUCCAAGCCCUCCGGUUCGUCGAUCCAGACUCCCGCAGGAAGCAAGACGCUUGCACCCAUCAUGUGCGUCCCCAAGGGCACCCAGCUUUCUUCUUCGAAUGGAGCCAGCCUGAUCGCUGGAGAGGCAGCGUCGACACUGGCGAGGCUCGCACAGCUGUCCACUUGCGAGGUGUCGGAUGCGAUGCUCAAGCUCAAGGUGGCAGGCGGCGGGUAUUUGCCUGGGAUUGAAAUGUAUUCGCCCAGCUACCUGGCCUCGCCUGAGGUAAGAGUGUGUGGGCCGGCGUAUACGGUCAAGAUGGUGUCGCAGCAGGACAGCGAGGCGCCGAAGCCGAAGGAGCACUUUGUGGAUGCGGCGCGUGCGUUUCCGGGGCAUGUUAUGGUGGUGACGGCACCGUCGUUGACGCGGUCUGCUGUGUGGGGUGGGUUGAUGACGGCGCGCGCGCAGCAGCUGGACCUCAAGGGCGUCGUGCUCGAUGGCAGGUGCAGGGACUUGGUCGAGCACCGCGAGGCGCAGUUUGCCGUGUUUGCAAGGGGCCAUUCAACGCAGGGCCAGAGCCCGUUCACGCGGCCGUCGGAGCUGCAGGUGCCCAUCACCAUUAGUGAUCCUUCCACCGAGGCGAGCAGCGGGGAGGCAGCCAGAAACCCAAAGAUGCCCAGCGUCACCGUCAGACCGGGCGACUUGGUGCUGGCUGACAUCGACGGUGUCGUGGUGGUUCCACCCAGUGUAGCAGACGAGGUCAUCAGGCUGGCAGAGAAGGGAAGACGCGAGGACGAGCUGUGCAUGCGCGACAUCAAGGCAGGUAUGCCCGUCGCGAAGGCGUUCGCCAAGAAUCGCACCAAGUAA